UUAUUCACGAGAACGAAAGGUUUCUUCUGAAGGUAACAAAAGAAAAAAUCAAUCCACACACAAUAAGACACACACACAUACACACAGCAAUGAAACAGCUCGAUUUCCGUGUCAAGCAAGCUUCGACCUUUCUUAACCAACGGGCAAUUUCUUGCUUCACUUCUAACCCUAACACCACCAGACCUUCAUCUUCAUCUUCUUCCUCUCCCUCUCCUUGCAGAAAGCCCUAAUUUUCCAUUUCUCUGUGCAUUUUUUUUUUCAUCAUGGCUCACGAAUCGGUGCCAUUCCCUCCUCCUCCUCCGCCACCGCCACCGCCACCGGCGGCGACGUCCCUUGCCCCGGGUUUCCGGUUCCACCCCACCGAUGAGGAGCUUGUUCAGUACUACCUCAAGCGCAAGGCCUGUGGGAAGCCCUUUCGUUUCGAAGCUAUAUCAGAAAUCGAUGUGUACAAAUCCGAGCCAUGGGAGCUUGCAGGUUAUUCAAGGCUGAAGAGCAGAGACUUAGAAUGGUAUUUCUUCAGCCCCCUAGAUAGAAAAUACGGCAAUGGCUCUCGGUUGAAUCGUGCCACUGGCAGUGGGUACUGGAAGGCGACUGGGAAGGAUCGGUCAGUACGUCACAAGGGUCUGACUAUUGGGAUGAAGAAAACACUUGUAUUUCAUGGUGGACGAGCUCCGGACGGUAAGCGAACUAAUUGGGUCAUGCAUGAAUAUAGACUUGCAGACGAAGAUUCAGAGAGAAACAGAGUAGCGCAGGGAAAGGAUGCAUUUGUGCUCUGCAGAAUCUUUCAGAAAAGUGGUUUAGGACCACCUAAUGCGGAUAGGUAUGCACCAUUUGUUGAGGAGGAGUGGGAUGAAGAUGCCUCGCUCUUGGUUCCAGGGGAAGAGGCUGGGGAGGAAAUAGCAAAUGGUGAUGGUACACAAGCUGAAGGGAACGAACAUGAGCAGGAUACUCAUUCGAUCAGUGAGGGCCCUAUUUCUAUUUGUCGAAAUGAACUUCCAAGUAAUUCGAAAAAUAUUCCGUUUGUUUGCAAGAGAGAAAGGUCAGAGGAUUUUCCUUUACCGUGUAUUGCUGAUCCAGAACCCCUCUGUUUUAUCGAAAAUAAAAGAUCAAAGCACCAUGCAAAUGGUUCAGAAGAGUCGAUUACAACACAGGAUCUUUGUAUAUCCACCACAACAACCACCACACCAAUAAAGUUCUCUUGUGCACCUUUGGAGUUCCCUUUAUUAGAAUCUAUUGAACCCAAAACCAGUCAUCCGGUUGACCCACCUACAUUUGACGCUGCUACUCUUGAGAAAUCCGUGCCUCCUGGUUAUUUGAAAUUCAUCAGCAAUUUGGAAAAUGAGAUCCUUAAUGUUUCCAUGGAUAGGGAGACGUUGAAGAUUGAAGUGAUGAGGGCCCAAGCCAUGAUUAACGUUCUUCAAUCACGGAUUGAUCUUCUGACCAAGGAGAACGAUGACUUGAAAAGGGGGGUUCAUCAUGUCUAGUUUGUGACAGUCAGGGAGACGUUGAAGAUUGAAGUGAUGAGGGCCCAAGCCAUGAUUAACGUUCUUCAAUCACGGAUUGAUCUUCUGACCAAGGAGAACGACUACUUGAAAAGGGUUGUUCAUCGUGUCUAGUUUGUGACAGUCAGGUAAUCUGUUUUCCUACAUGUUGGCCUGAUCCAUGAUUAAAGUUCUUCAAUCAUGUAUUGAUGUUCUGAAAGAUGAAAACCGAGGAUUGGAAGGGCUGUUCAUUUUGUCUAGUUAUCUGUGGUACUGAUGUUUCCUAUUUUUGUAGGUUUUUCUGUUGUAAUCUGAACACUAGAUCAAUGUUCUUUUGACCAUUGACAUGCCCUUGUACGCUCAAAUCGGUUAAAUUUGAAUAAAAUGUUUGCUUUAUAUCAUAA